GACCACGCCCUAGCAACAAAGAUGGCGACUAUUAUGAGAGUUUGGAAGAGAAUAAAUGAAGUUGGAGGGUUUAGGAAAGCCUUCUGGAUGCUCCUGAGAUUGAGAGAUAUUAGAAUAGGAACAAUUGUAGGACAGGACAAAUUUGGUCAUGUUUAUUAUGAAAAUAAAGAACAUUUCUUUGGUCGGCACAGGUGGGUCUACAAAGAGGCAAGUGGAUUUGACAUUACCCAGAUUCCUCCAGAAUGGCAUCGUUGGUUGCACUCCAUGACCGACCACACCCCCAUUGAAGACCCGCCCCCUCCCAGAAAGUUCUAUCUCGAUCCGACGGUCAAUAAAACUGGUACCCGUGGUGAGUACGUGCCGUACAGCACCACAAGACCUAAGAUACAGUCAUGGAAACCUCCGCAGCAAUAAAAACAACACAUUGAUAUUAAUAGAUAGCAGCACUGUUAUAAUAAUAUUGUGAUUACUUUAUGUUUGCUUAGUUUGAUCUGUUGAUGAUAUAAUUGAUGUUA